AUGGCGUUCGGGAGAAAUGCCAAUACUCCAGCAGAUAGUGAAACACAAGAAGAUACCUACAUCAGUGAAACACAAGCAGAUCAUACUAUUGAUGUUGAUGAUGAAGUACAACAAACACAACAAAGAUCAACAGCCCCUGAAGGAAAGGAUGCAAGCAGGCCACUUUUAGAAGAAGUUACAUUCAGUGGUGCAGGAAACAGUAAGAAUGCUGGAGGUUCUAAACAGUGGGUUUGUAACCACUGUAAAGGAAAUUUACUAGCUCGUACACCCGAAUCCAUGUCCAUUUUUUUUGGACCUGCUGUAGGGAAAACCGCCGACAUUAGAAGAUGUCCAGUCAUGGUUAGAGAUCAACAGAAGAAACGCAUUGAAGAAUCAUUUGGCAUAUUAAAGAGAAGCGUGGUGGACUUGAAGAUAGUUCGAGGAUUAUGUGCCAACGGAAUCCCUUUCAAUGUUUUACGCAACCCGCAAUUCAUUGAAAUGAUUAGCGCUAUCAAGAAUGCACCGGAUGGAUACAAACCUCCAUCAUGUGAAAAAACGAGAACCGUAUUACUUGAUGAAUGUGCUAGGGACGUUGAGAAGGAACUUACACCGAUUAAGGACACGUGGAUCACACAAGGAGUCUCAAUAGUCUCGGGUGGAUGGUCUAAUUUGAAACAUAAACCACUUAUCAAUGUCCUUGCGGUUAAUUCCCGUGGUGCAACGUUCAUGUACGCGGAAGACUUUUCGGGGGUUGAAAAAUCGAGGGUAGAAAUCUCAAAGUUUCUACUUGGAGCCAUCGAUAAUAUUGGACCAAUUAAUGUAUUACAAGUUGUAACCAGUAAUGCGGCUAAUUGCAAGGCUGCCGAGUGGGAGAUCGAAAGGAUACACAAGCAUAUUUUUUGGGAAAACUCAACAGUAGAGUUAUUGAAAGUUGCAAAAACGCGUUUUGCCUCACACUAUAUAGUUUUGAAAAGAUUAAUGGAGUGUAGGGAGGCUAUUUCUACACCCAUUGUUCUUAAUUCGUGGCGAGAAUGGGUCAAAAAUGCGGACAAACCCACUCGAAUUGAAGGGGCAAAAAUCGCCGAUAGAAUUAAAGAUGAUGAGUUUUGGGACGAUAUUGAAAAUAUAUUGGCUAUUACAAAACCAAUAUUUUUGCUAUUAAAAUUUUGUGAUGGUGAAGGUCCCAAAAUGGGAGAGAUUUAUGAAAGGAUAGAAAACAUGCUCGGUGAAAUCAAGGAUGUCAUGAGGGAAAAUAAAUAUGCAAGUUAUUACCCUCAAGUUGAAAAACUUCUUUUGGAUAGGUGGGAGAAGAUGACAAUCCCUCUUCAUUGUUUGGGAUUUGCCUUCAUUCCAAAAUUCUAUGAUAAACACUACCUAGCAAAAUUGGCACCCGGUGGCAUGACAUAA